AUCACUGAAAACUCGUGAUUUAGACAAAAAUCUAUGUUCCGGUAAGGUUUCGCUCCAGUGCACUGUAACUACAUAUUUGGCGUUACUGGAUAAACUGCUGGGGUAAAACAUAACACCGCCUACAAACUUUACAGCUCUCAAUCGUAAGUUCGGGGAAUCCGGAAAUAGACAAUAUACCAUGGACUUGAACAGGUUGCUUUCAUUGAUAUCUGGAGUUUGUGGAUCUCCGGGUCACUUUCCCGCCUACGUGUAAAUGCUGUAACAUCUUUACACCACGGAAUCGAAGUACACACAACAUUGGCGAUGAUUUUCCAUCAUGUUUGACGAUUUCGGACCCCACCAGACCAUAUCCGGUCAAACAUGGACGAUAAAUAUCUUGGCCAGCUCUCGUUAGAGAUCGGGAAGGAGUGGUGUCUCCUUGCCUACGAGCUUGGCUUCAGUGACUCCCAACUGGAUCAUCUCCGGGCAGCUUUCCCCAAUAACACUUCGCAAUGUAUCGCCUCAAUGCUCAUGAAGUGGCACGAGGCCACCUUGAAACAUAACCUUGACCCGCUUCCUCUGCUGACGCGGUCUCUAUCUGGGAUAGACCGAUACGACUUAGCCCAGAAAAUCAACUGCGAUUUUGACGAACCAGACAAUGGUAAUCAAGAAAAGUGUCCAUAUCAAAAGUGGACCGACUUCACUACCACACUGAAACAGAUCCGUUUUGGACAAAGACAGGACGACAUGCAGAUGUACACGGCGCAGACACAGAGAUUUCUGGAGUUCCAAAUGAAAGAUAGAAAAUAUUUUAUCAAUACCAGGGCAACCCAAGCGGCUCUCCAGCUUCUCUCCUCCAAAGGAACACUGACUUUGAUGGGAAACCCUGGAGAUGGCAAAUCUACUAUUGCUGUUAAUCUUCUCAACCGCCUACGGAAAGAAGGCGCGACCGUCCUCGUUUUAUCAGACCCCGCCCUCAUAGAACGUCUCUAUGACGACGAUAAGCAAAUUAUAUAUUUUGUGGACGAUGCUUUUGGUACGCCAACAAUGAACAUGAGACUUUUAGAAACGUGGACGCGACUCCAUGACAAAGUUGAAAGUCUCGUGAAACUUGACAAGUGCAAACUUCUUAUGACUACCCGGAAACAUGUUUACAUGAAAUGUCAAUCACUUUUGUAUAAAUGUCCUUGUUACAAGGAAAACCUUAUUGACCUCUCGGGAGAAGAAUAUCGCCUCAACAUGAUCGAAAAAACCAGGAUCGUUGCCAGUUACUGUGAAAACCAAGGCCUCUUCCCGACACAAUUAAAUUUCUCUAAAGAAAAUGCUUACGUACCUGGCUUUCCUCUCCUGUGUAAGAUGUUUGGCAGUGAUAAACGAAUGCAGAAGUUAGACAUAUUCUUGGAUGAGACGCUCUCUGUCUUACAUGGUCAGCUGAAACUUCUGGCAACCACUGAUGUGCAUGCGUUCUGUGGUUUGGUGCUCGUUAUGAUGUUUGACGGAAGCUUGCCAAGGAAUGUCUUUAACCAGUUUGAGUCACGUGAUGAGCGAGAUCGUAAAAAGAUACAAACAAUUAUGAGAGUGUACGGUAUUCAGGAAUCUGAGGAUGGCAAAGUAGAGACCAGUCUUGACGAAAUGAUUGGAGUUUAUGUUGAGGAAGUGGAGGAGGAGUUCAGAUUUAUUCAUGAUGCGAUUUUUGACACUGUUUGCCUGGUAUUUGGUUCACGAUAUCCUAAUGAAGUCGUUCGGGUUGCAUCUUCCUCGUUUAUAGAAAAGAGGAUAAGAACGGAAAAUAUUCCUGAGGUUUGUUCUAACGAUCUUGAUAUUAUCGUGUUGAGAAAACCUAAGUAUCACGUGUUGGCUGCUAGAUGGGUCGAUGACGUGUCACGUGGCACCAUUCGGGCCAUGUUCGUCAAUCCCAGUAUCCAAGACAUUGGUAUGCAAGCGGCUUUUGUCGAUCGGGUAAUGAAACUGCCUCCUCAAGCAGCAUUUGAUUUGCUUACAAGUGUAGAAUCAAAGAUCUUUUCCACGAACGAGAUACCUGAAUCAAUUCUCUUUAUGGCUUGCCAGAAGGGAUUAACCACCAUAGUGAAGGCUCUCUUAAAGAAGCAGAAGGGAUUGAAAGAUAACAUUGAAGAUUACGCGUCCCGUCUGACCAUACCAGACUGCUGCAUGAUGGAAGCGGUCAGUCGAGUACAUGUGGAUAUUGUGGAAGCGUUAAUAGAUCAUGGUGCGAUGGUCAAUUUUGCGUGUGGAUCAAUGUCUUUUCGGUGUCUUCACGUCGCGUGUAAAAAAGGCAGCCUCGAUUUGGUCAAAUUAUUGAUCCGUCACGGCGCGGAUGUCAAUCUACAGGACUAUACUGAGAAACAGGCCGUACAUUACGCAUGUGAGUUCGGACAUCUAGAAAUACUGAAGGUGCUACAUAAAAAUGGGGCAUCUCUGAUGGCCAAGGACAAUACCGACAGGCAGGCCAUCCAUUAUGCCGGUAUGGCAGGCAGUCUAGAGUGUGUGCAGUUCCUGCAGCAGGAAGGAAUUCGACUGAACGUUGCUGACCGAUUGGAUAAAACUGUGCUUCAUUACGCGUCGACUUUUCAUUGUCCCAGCCUCAUCACAUACCUUGUGUCCAAUGGGACAGACAUUCACUGUCCAGACUGUAUUGGGACAUCUCCUCUUCAUUUAGCCUGUAAGACAAAUUUGGCCGAAAACGUGGAGAUUCUUUUACGUAAUGGUGCGGACCCUGACAAAGAGGAUGCGUCUAUGUGUCUGCCUCUACAUGCUGCUUGUAAAGGUGGUGGGCCGGAACGGGCCGGGAGUGACAGCGUCCGAUGUGUAGAACUUCUUCUGAGAACCAUCAGUGACGUAAACGCUGUAGACAAUCACGGUAGAACUGCGCUUCAUUAUGCCUGCACAUUUGCGCGCGAUCGAAGAAUAGGUUGUGUAACAUUGCUCCUUUCCAAAGGAGCAAAUCCAAGCAUCACGGACGAUUAUGGACACCAGCCUGUGUUUUAUGCUUGCGAGAGCGGCAACUUGAAAUGUUUACAAGAGUUAGUCAAGCAUGGCAUCGACGUGAACCACCGAGGACUCCAUGGAAAACAACCCAUACAUUACGCAUGUGGACGGGGCAACACCGAUGUCGUCAAGAUGUUGGUUACGAAGGGAGCAUCAAUUACGUCAGUGGAUAGCAAGGGGAAACAACCCAUUCACUACGCUUGCCAGUACGGAAACGAUGUCUGUAUAAAGUAUCUUCUGAGUUGCGACGUUGACGUGAAAUGUGUAGACGAAAAAGGUUGGAGCCCCUUACACUACGCAUGCAAGUGGUGUCGUCCUAACGCCGUCCGCCUGUUAAUGCGAUACGGUGCUGACCCCACUGAUACAGACAGCGAUUGUAGGAAACCAGACGACCUCGUACCGAACUGGUCAUCUAGAAAAAGUCGAAUCAAAAGGUUCCUUCGAGGGAAUAGCCUUAAUACAUUAUAGACUUGUGUGACUAGAAUAAUCGGAUUAAGUAUUGUACGUUUCAGCUGCAAACAGUAUGUUUUCGUUUGAUUUCAAACUUGACGAGAAACAUGGGUGGGUUUAAUUCGUGAUUUUACUGUAAAUUUGUAUGGAAUGUCAAUAGAAACUCUGACCAUGACAUGAAAUAUUUGGUUAGAGCGCAAUAUGAAAACAGACUCAAUGAUUUGUAGACACAGUGCUCAGAAAAAUUAGAAAAGGUAUGUAGAUAUAUGUUGCUUAUGCAGACACGUGUUUUAAAACUGACUAAUUACUAUGUAGACGCGUGUGUCUAAAACAGAUGAAUUAUCACGUAGACAUAUGUCUUUAAAUAUGAUGUAAUACUUUGUAUAUGCAUGUCUUUAAAAUUGACUGUAUAUUAUGCAGACACGUGUAUUAGAACAGAAUGAAUGUUAUAUAGACAUAUAUAGACAUUGUCCCUUUAAAACUGACUGAAUACUACGAAGACGUGUGUCUUUAAAAUUGAUUACUAUGAAGACUUGCGUCUUUAAAGUUGAAUACUAUGUAGACACGUCGUGUCUUUAAAACCGACAUAAUUUUACAUAGACAUGUGUUUUUUUUAACUGACUGUAUAAUUUGUAGACAUGUGUCUGGAAAAUUGACGGAAUACAUUGAAGACAAACGUCUUAAAACUGAAUGAAUAUUUUUAUGCAUUAAACUUGCUGAAUACUAUAUCGAUAUUCUCCAUUUAAACUACUGUGUAUUCCAAUACUAGUUUGUGUACUUCCUUAACGAGUUUGUUGACAUGUUGUCAUGCCACUACGACAAUAGCAAUCAUAUAGUCAUAUAGUAUAUUGGAAUUAUUCUCCACAAUGCGAAAGGACCAGGUUAAUUUCUUGGUUUUAAUUUGCUUCUCGGGCUCUUGGCUUCUUUAAGAUGUAUAUUAACACUGUCACGUGAUUAUGUUUAAGUCCAUAGGCAUGGGGUAUGUGCUAUUUUCCGUAUUUUACCUCUUUUAAGAUAUCGAGAUCUAUUCAUUUUAAAUUAAAAUAAACAAUUGAAUUUGAAGAUAUACAUUUACUAUGUAAUUUAUCAAUUUUAUAUACUGAUAUUGUUUACUACGACAACUAGUUUUACAAAAAUACAUAAUACUCAGUGACCCUCCAUUAUCACGUGAGAUUCCUCACAGGUUCCUCGGUCACAUCUAUAUCAAUAACAAUUACUAACACUGUAGGAACGUUAUGCAUGAUUCUGCUAUGUUUGUGUCAGAGUAUGAGAGUUUUAGCAUUUAAGUUUGAGACUAAUAUGGUGGAUGUAUGUCGAGGUCUGCCAAUUUUAUGUCGACGGAUGCCAAUAUUUUAUGUCGAGGUCUGCCAAUUUACAAGUCGAGGUAUGCCAAUUUAAAUGUCGAUGCCUGACAAUCUAUAAGUCGAUGUCUGUCAAUUUCAAUGUCGACGUCUGCCAAUAUUUUAUGUCGAUGUCUGCCAAUUUAUAAGUCGAGGUAUCCAAUUUAUACGUCGAUGCCUGACAAUCUAUAUGUCGAUGUCUGCCAAUUUAUAAGUCGAGGUCUGCCAAUUUUAUGUCGACGGAUGCCAAUAUUUUAUGUCGAGGUCUGCCAAUUUAUAUGUCGAUGUCUGCCAUUUUAUAUGUCGAGGUCUGCCAAUUUAUAUGUCGAGGUCUGUCAAUUUAUAUGUCGAUGUCUGCCAUUUUAUAUGUCGAGGUCUGCCAAUUAAUAAGUCGAUGUCUGUCAAUCUAUGUGUCGAGGUCUGCCAAUUUAUAUGUCGAUGUCUGUCAAUUUAUAUGUCGAGGUCUGUCAAUCUAUAUUUCGAUGUCUGUCAAUCUAUAUGUCGAGGUCUGUCAAUCUAUAUUUCGAUGUCUGUCAAUUUCAAUGUCGACGUCUGCCAAUAUUUUAUGUCGAUGUCUGCCAAUUUAUAAGUCGAGGUAUCCAAUUUAUACGUCGAUGCCUGACAAUCUAUAUGUCGAUGUCUGCCAAUUUAUAUGUCGAGGUCUGUCAAUUUAUAUGUCGAGGUCUGUCAAUUUAUAUGUCGAUGUCUGCCAAUUUAUAUGUCGAGGUCUGUCAAUUUAUAUGUCGAUGUCUGCCAUUUUAUAUGUCGAGGUCUGCCAAUUGAUAAGUCGAUGUCUGUCAAUCUAUGUGUCGAGGUCUGCCAAUUUAUAUGUCGAUGUCUGUCAAUUUAUAUGUCGAGGUCUGUCAAUCUAUAUUUCGAUGUCUGUCAAUUUAUAUGUCGAGGUCUGUCAAUCUAUAUUUCGAUGUCUGUCAAUCUGUGUGUCGAUGUCUGUCAAUUUAUAUGUCGAUAUAUACAAAUAAGAAAUACCGGUAAAUAUUAUCCUUUAAAUUGUUGUAAACAGGUUAAUAAAGAAAAUGAAAUAAAAAUCAUAUUUCAA